UAGUCAUGAGCCGUGGAACACAACUUCACCUGUCCCUGACCUUUGUCCUGUAGCUGACCUGUGUGCCUGUCCUUGGCUGCAGAGCUAUUCUCCCCCCAACAAAAUGGCGCCUCGCGUGCUUCACGUGUCCGGGACAAACCGCCAGGUCGGCCUCCAGGUGGGCAAAGCGACGAAGAAACAGAUCCAAGACGUCUUGAGCCGCUACGAACCCUUCAAGGAGGCCAUCUCCUCCUUGGAGACACCCGAAGGAAGGCGAGUGUACGAAGGUUACCUAAAGGCGGCGAAGACAGCGUACCCGAACUAUGUGGAGGAGUUAGAGGGAAUGGCUGAGGGAGCAGACGUGCCGUUUGAACACAUGUUCAUUGUCAACUACGAGUUCGAGAUCCUGCUUCUCAACAUGAAGAAAAAGGAAGAAGAAAAGGAAGGACUGAAAGGUUGCACCACGGUGUUUCUAAACUACCGUGACGGCCCCAGAGUGCUGGCGCACAACGAGGACGGUCCCGCCGGCGAACAGGGCUGCCUCCUGGUGGCCCAUGUGGAACCGUACAGCCUACCCGGGGGGAGGACUCUACCAGAGGAAAACUUCGUGUCCUACUGUUACACGUGCCUUCUGCCGGGAGUGGCGUUCUCAUUUAACUCUCACGGUCUGUGCAUCACAUGUAACACGCUGGUAUCAAAGGAGGCAGAAGAGAAUAAAAUCGGUCUCUCAUUCGCCUGCCGCGCGGUGCUGGCCGCCAGCACGGUUGACGAUGCAGUGUCUAUGCUGAGGGAUGACGGAGUCGGUAUGGCCAUAGGCUACUCCUUCAACAUGGUCAGCACCAGGGACAGCGCCCGCACCAUGUCUUCAGUGGAGACAUCAGCCGCAGUGGGGCAGCCGACCACUCUGGUGUCUGUGCAUACUGUGGAGCCGGAGGACGGGAGUGCAGAUGGGCAUUACUACCAUUAUAAUCUUUACGAACACCUGUCAGUGCAGUUCUAUUCAUUCCCGCCUGACGGCGCUAUUGUUAUUGCCUUCCCCAGUUACGAACACCUGUCCGUGCCCGAGUGGCCGCUGAGCCCGAGUUCCCACCACAGGAAGGCGCGAGCCACGGAGAUGGCCGCUCCUCAGACCAAGCAGGACGUCCUGGCUGUUCUAGGUAAGGCCCUAUCGUGUUCGGAACCGUGCCUGUGCCUGAGUGGGUGA